CACUUGCUUUUCUGAGACGCGAGCGAAGGAACAUUUGACAGAAAAUUCUCCUCUCUGACGCUUACAGAACGUCACUCAGGCGAACGCGAGGUAAAGGCAACUGUAUGGCUGUGGAGACUCUAAAUAAGUUAGGUUUCAAUCGAGCGAAGAUGUAACCAUUCUUACAAGCUGCAACUCGAGAAUAAUUGACUAAUACCUAAUAUGAAGUCUUCACCUUACUGUUCUUUGCUUACCGGAUUCUUCUUCGGUUUUGUUCUGUGGGAAAAACUUACUGGAAUAGCAGCACUUCAGAUUACACACCUCUCCGUUCCCCCUUGGAUUGAAAGCGGAAGCAAGGAGUCGGUAGUUUUAGAUUGUGAGUAUGAUCUUACAGAAAAAGAUAAAUCACUAGUCGUUAAAUGGUUCCUGAAUAACGACCCAGAGCCUAUUUACCAGUGGAUUCCUGAGUUGAAGAGUAGACACUUUUCCUACCGCUUAGAAGGAAGAGUCAGCCUGAACUAUACAGUGUUUCCGUCCGAUGAAUACACCAAGUAUAGAGCUAUAAAGAUUCUCAGACCUACAAUAGAUCUGAGCGGUUUGUACACAUGUACGGUCGGAUCGCUGUCAGGAACAGACUCGAAAGAUAAGCAGAUGAUAGUAUAUUCUCCCCCAACCGUCUUCAUGCUUAACUAUACAUACAUAUCAAGUGACAAGGAGCGAUUGCGAUGCCAAGCUGAAGGCGUAUUUCCGCUACCUCGCUUAGUCUUGUACGAGAUGACAAGUCACUCUAGGUCCCGCCAGCUGACAACUAACUUGUUUCAAAAUGAGCAGCUGGACUUUACAGGUGCCUACAUCGUGGAGGUUUCCAAGGACCUUACCACGGAAGAAUUAAAAGGAGACGAGCCCCGGGUUUUUAAGUGUGUGCUUACCAUACCUGGUACUGAGUACCUGGCAGAAAGGUCUGUGGUUUUUUAUCCAGACGCUACUGGUGGACAUGAUGUUGCUGUGUGCGUGACUACGGCCCUUUUAAUUACAUCACUAUCAAUUAUUCGUUUGGUGGCGUGAAAUGAAAAGCUCCCAAGUCUUAUCGAACGCAACAUAGAAAGGUCUACUAGAAAGUAUUAUUAGAAUUUAGGAAAAGAAAAGCAGCAUAAUGAAAAGAGUGGAGACCAGAGAGGAAAAGAAUUUCUAAACGGAAAUUAUCCCAACACAACAAUCAAAAAAGGAGAGUACUCAAUGUGAAUUUGGUCAUCUUUCUGUUUUAUUCUUCUUAUUAAAUUGUUUUCAAAUCAUUUAAGCGCAUACCAAAGAUGCUUCGGCUUGUCAAAGUGUGUGUCUAUUAGUUUUUGAAAUUUAAUUUGUGCUAUGUCACAGAAGCUUGUGUUUUAUAGUCUGUGAAUAAAAAAAUCACUGUUUCUGAGAAACACUUGUAAAGUAUACCUGCAUGAUUGAUUUCCUCAAAUACUUAUAUUUGUUAGGUACAGCAAUUAUCCAUUGUUUUGUAUUGCUUAUGGCUAAUUAUAAAAUGCUAAAUAAAUCCCAGUAAUGUAUUCUUUG